CGUGCACGUGUUUGCGACCAUCCUUGUGAACGUUGUACUUAACUUGUCUCAGAUGCAUAGCACUCAGUCUCAUGCUCUGUAGAACACACAUAAGCGUAACAUUCGUCGAACCAUACUGUAUCCGGAGUCAGCAGUAUAGUAGUUCCGUCGCACUGCCCACGGCGAACGGGAACCGUGAUACAUAACCAUGGCCCCUUCGCAGAGAGUCCCCCGAUCUAGCAGGACGAAGCCGAUUUUGGAGGUUCUUGCCCAGCCCAGCGUCAAGCGGGUCCGGCGAACACGACCGAAGCAACCUGCAGAGGGCAGCAACGCACCAGUGAAGUCGCUGCCACUCGAACUAAUAACACACAUUCUUGAGGACGUCGACUCUCCGCGCACGCUCGCUAAUGCAAGUCGUGUAUGCCGCACCCUCCAACUCGAAGCCGAGCGUCUCUUGUAUCGCAAAGUAUACGUGGGGCGGGUUCCACACGUUCGCAGUCUGCACCGGGCUCUCACGAGGUCCUCAAGACGGGCGUCCUUCGUCAACGAAUUCGAGGCUCAUGACAAUGGGCGCAUGACUCCCGUGAUUCUCCUGGUGAUGGAGAUACUCCUCAUGCUCACAAGGCUUGAGCAUCUGAAGCUCAACCUGCACACACAGGAUUCUUGGCUUUGUAACUGGAAGAUACCACACGAUGCCCUCCCACGCCUCAAAUAUGUGCAGACAUACCACUUUUUCUUCGUGCACACCAUCUGUGCCCCUCACGCAAUCACACACCUUCAUCUUUCCUUUAAUGAGGGGGAAAACCCAGAUCUCAACGAGAUUCUUCGAGUUGUGCGGCACCAGUUGAUCAGCUUCAAGUGCGAACGAGCGUCUUCAAUGGUCCGAACUCCCGUUUGGUCCUUGAUAUCGGGCACGCUCGAUUGCGGGCUCAUGCCAAAAUUGAGAUAUCUCGAGGUAGAAGACAUUAGUGAUGUCAGUUUCCUGCCGUACUCAGACGUCCGUCGCGUGCAGAUGGGCAGGAUUACAUUGCACACGGUUGUCUGGUCUGCGUUGCAUGAUCAGUUCGACUACAUGUUCCCCGGCAUCGUCGGCGUCAACUACAACGCUGCCACCAGCGACAGUCGGCUGGCCUGUAUCCGUCCCUGGGUGCAGAAGAUCCUGGAGAGUUACAGCUCCUUGCGCCGUUUCUUCUAUGUGGAGCCAAGCGAGGGGGAUAGCGGCAUAUGGUCGACCUACGUGUGGUUGUUCACGUUAUCGUCUGAUGACAGGCUUGUGGAGGAAAAGAAAGAGGCGAGGGACUUACCUGUUUGGUCGGAUAUCUGAAAGCAUGCAUGUAUCACGGGUGGCCCGUGGGCGUUGUAGCUAUAGGAACAGCAUGUAUUCGCCCUGAAGUUCGUCAUGACUGAAAGCCAGCAUACUUUGUGGAUUGAUCAUCGGCGAAUAGUUGAGGC